GCCUGUCGUCUCGCCUUGCUCCAGGUUUUUUGAGUACAUCUACCUGUACCAGAGCAUGGUGAUGUUCCAGAUCGACCAGAAGACCAAAGACUGCUCGAAGAUCGCACUGACGGACAGCUGGGAUCCCUUCGACAUCCCUGACAACUCCACGUUCGAGGACCAGUACUUCAUCGGAGGCCCUGGGGACAGCGUGGAGGUCCAGGAGUGGUCGGACAGGAAGCCGGCACGCAAACAUGAGAGCUGGGUGGGCGUUUACACCUUGAAGGGCUGUUAUCCCGUGCAGGAGACCUACACCAAGAACAGCAGCGUCACCACCUCUACACGCUUCUUCAACCUCCAGCUGGGCAUCAGCGACCCCAACGUCUUCACCCCACCCAGCACCUGUCAGUCGGCUCGGCCCGAGAGGAUGACCGAGUCCGACUGCUGAGGCCUGGCCCGCCCCGACCUUUGACCUUAGUUGCUGAACAGGAUUCUGAGGCCGAGACUGAAAUCACUCCCUUGUCCACUCGUUCACUGCUCCACCACCGAUUCACACUGUUUCACUCUGCAGCUGAGCAACCAUGUAGUGUUGUCAGGCUUCACAAUAACAUCGGGUGCAUUACAAUUUGGGUUCAUGAACAUAAGCUAAUGCACAUAUUACAAAUGUCCUGUAAGCAUGAUGUCGUACUUACAUUUUCAGAUUUAGAAUUUUGGCGCUCAAAUAAAAUUGCAUUAGGUUAAAUCACCACAAAAAGGGAGUGGUUUCACUCACAGCCUCAGUCCAGUGUUUUACUGAAUUGCUUGUUAAUUUAUAAAAAUCGUUAUUAGGGCUGAUAAUCCUGCUAACUGCAACAUAACAAACAGAUAAACUGUUAUUAAUCAGCUGAUUCUCAUAACUGGAUGAUUUCCUUCAUGCUCAAACUGAUUAAGUCCUUAAACAAAGAAAUGAAUUGGCGUUUGCACAUGCGGAUGGAUCGAGGAAGAAGUCAAGUCAUUAACGUGUUGAUGAGACAUUAAAGCUGUGUGUGUCAUGGGUCCCCCUCCCCCGACAAUCCAGAGCUGUGGCAACAUAAAUAACAAGCUGGACAGAGAAAGAGCUGAAGCUGCUCCAAGUAUAAGCUUUAUCAGAAGGAAGGUUCGAAGUCAACUCUGAAAAGUAUUUCACAGAAAUUCCUGAUUGUGAUCAGGCUUAUGAAUGGAUGCAGCUUUAGUCUUGCUUGUAUGUGUUUUGGGGGAGAACUUGUAUUGAUACAGUUACUGUUACAAGUACGAAACCAAACUUACACUGAACUCAUAAAAACUGUACGUGUACUUGUUUGCCAGUAUAGAUGUUAUAUAGGUUUUCAGUGGUCAUAAUCCUGAAAUAAAUUUGCUGAAACAUGCA